GUGUUAGCAUGCUAUCUGUGAUAUAUCUGGAUAAUGUCAAAAAAAUUCACUUUUGGACAUAACCUAUUUAUUGAACUACACUACGGAAUUACGGAUAAAGAUAGGACAGAACCAGAAUACAAAAAAUAUUGCUCUUUUUUGAGCGGAAGAGCAAAGAAGUUUGAAAAAUUUCCUAGAAUGUUAAAUUUAGCAAAAAGCUUACGGAGCUUGUCUUUGAAUUAUAAACAAAAAUUAUCGCCUUUAUUGAAAAACACUCUUAAAUUAUCUGAAACAAAUCUAAUAUGUGUCCCUUCCAGAAACGUGAAUUUUUUCAACAAAUUGCCAGCGGAAUCCUUAUGGAAAGGUGUAACAUCAGUAAGUAAUGCUGGAAGAAAAAGGGGACGAGGUAAAACUAUCAAUAAAAGAAACAUUAAAGACUUGAAUAGGGGUCAGAUUAUCGGAAUAGGCAAGGCUAAUAUAAUAUGGCCUGGAUUAUCUUCUCCAAUUAUUCGUGGCAAGGAGAUUAUACAACAACAACAAUUACCUGAAGAUCCAGAAAGGGAAAAAAAUUUAAUUAAGAUGAGAGAUCAAAUGGGAAAAGCCAAAUUUGGUAAAAUUAGUCCUAUUGAUCGUGGUUGGUCUGGAAGUAAAAUGCCUGGUAGAAGUAUAGGUCCUCCUGACCCAGUUAAUGAUGAUGAAACAUACGAUGGUUUUGAUACCAGAGUUCUUGAAUUGAAAACAGUGUUUAAUAUGACAGGUAAUAUGGGAAGGAAAAGAAGGGUAUCUGUUUUAUCUGUGACUGGGAAUCAAAAUGGUUUGGCUGGAUUUGCUAUUGGAAAAGGAAUAGAUCCAAAAACAGCUCUUAGAAAAUCCAAAAACCGAGCAGGACAAAAAUUAAUGAAUAUAAAUGUAUUCAAUAAUCAUACAGUGUUUCAUGAUUUUUUCACUCAGUUUGGAGCAACAAAGAUUAUAGUAAAACUAAAACCUGAAGGAUAUGGACUGAAGUGUCAUAGAGCUAUAAAAACUAUUUGUGAAGUAGUAGGCAUUAAAGAUCUUCACGCAAAAGUUGAGGGGUCAACAAAUGUCAACCAUAUUACUAAGGCAUUUUUCUUGGGCCUAGUAAAUCAGAAAAGUCACAAGGAAAUUGCAGAGGAGAAAGGCCUCCAUCUUGUUAAAUUCUCUAAAGAGAAUGGUUAUUUUCCUGAAAUUUUAGCAUCCCCAUCAAAAUGUCGCACAGAGAAAGAAAUGAAUAAAGGAGAAAUUCUGGAUUUCAAUCAAUAUUGCCUUGAUGGACGAGUUAUUCUACAAAAGAAAAAGUUUCCUCCAUUUUAUACAAAACAUAAAUCGUGGGAGUUAUACUUGAAGAAACAGGAAAAACUCAGGAAUCAAGAUUCCGUCAAAGUUAAUUUGUUGGUAGAAUAUGGUGAAAUUAGAAGUUUCCUUGCAGACAAAUACCCUGAAUGUAGGGCACAAAAAUGGAAGAAGAAUAAACAAGAAGAAGGAGAACAAGAGGAAGGAGAGAUAUAAAUGAUUGUUUCUGAAUGAGAAAUAAAGGAAUAUUUUUAAUAGA